UAAGCACCACCCGUUAACUCGCCAGGAUGAGGCUGUCCACGCACUAUUUACCUCCUACGCAUCAUGAUUCCGGAGGGUCGAGGCCUGAUAGAGAAACUUUCCACUCCCGUGCCGAUGCUGGGGCUCUCUCCGUGAGCAGGCGGACUACCUCUAUCUCAUCCAGGAGCAGGGUGUUCGUCUUCAGCUCUUGGUACCAGUCCCUAGCAACAAGCGUCCUCAGCAGGGAUCGUGGAAGACAUAUUGCGAGUAGCCCUGGCGUACAGAACCCUCCAUCAAACAUCCACCGUGCUGACUCUGCAAUAUCGCUUUCCCCAUACGUCUACCCCGAGGAAGACGACAUCCCUAAGCGCAAUGAGUCGCCGCAAAAGCCAUGCCAAAUCCCCGAUUCGCUGCUCGUCCACUUCCAAUUCGAAGACCGCAUCUACAACAAACAGCUCAACUACAGCGCCUUCUCGAAGUGGGACAGUGUCGACGCGCUGCUGGUAGAUCUCGAGAAAGACGGCGUGCUCGUCGUCCAGCUGUGGGAUGUACGCGAGGAAAUGCCCAUCUGCAGUGGCGACUGGAAUGCUCGUGUGCGGCCGGGCUGGGAGGUGCUUGUUACCUGUGUGGACGGAACGCUAUGGGGGGAUGAGGGCUCGGAAUGCGGCGAUAUCAACAGUGCUGACGACGAGGACGACUACUACUACUACGACCACCACGCACGUGAGCGACUUGAUGACUUUGUAGCGUACGAGGGGCUCGAGGCUAGUAUAAAGCAUUGGUGGUUUACCCGCUGGAGGCAACGAGUCGAGCGGGCGUCGCUGGCGGAUGAAGAGUCCGGACUGGACUUGUCGUGGAGCAUGAUCUUGCUUGGAGGUGUUUCGUUGGCGGCGGUUUUGGGCCUGGUCAUUCUGUUUGCUGUCUGGGAUAUGCGGUCUGCUGGAGCAUUCUCUCUUUCACGUUCUUCUUCUCCUUGAGGUCGUAGCUAGAGUUGAAAACGUGUGCGACCGCGCUCAUGCAUCGCUUCUUUCGUGGUCGUGGUCGUGGUCGUGGUCGAGGUU